AUGAUUGAGCCGAUGUCUGUGAAUCACAGACAAUUCCUUAAUCUCGCUAAAAUCAUGAUUAAUUACUUGCAAGACUUUAUUGGGCCUCUUCCAGAACUUCCUUUUCCUGCUCAAGAAUUCUUACAAUCGGCUUACGCAGAACCCUUCAAUCUUCAAAUCGACCGCUUACAUAACACACCUUCAGGAAUCUCUCAACGCAAUAUCACCGAUUCUGUCAUAACUUCUUGGAACUGCAGAGGUAUAAAGAAUAAACUUCCUGAGUUUCAGUCUCCAGAUAACAACUAUGAAAUUUGGUGUCUUCAAGAAACUAAGUUGGCCAAGGAUGCCUACCUAUUCUUUAACACGCAUAACUUUAUUAGAAAGGAUAUCGACACACCGGGACAAAGCGGAAUAGCUAUUGCCAUCAAGAAAUCUAUAUUCUAUGAAACUCUAGAUCUCUCUCUCCUUUACCAUCCUUCAGUGGAAUUAAUGGGUAUUAACAUAAAAAUUUUGGAUUCUACCCUCACUAUCAUCAACCUCUACAGGCAUCCGGGUACCAAUACCCCCCUAUCAUUUUUCCAACAACUCUUCAUCUUUGCAACGUCCUGUAACAAGACCAUAAUCUUGGGUGACUUCAAUGCCCACAACAUUGACUGGGGUUGCACCUCCACGGACCUGGAAGACUACUUGGUUAUCGCCACUCCUUCUGCACGCACCCUCUUUGAUUGCUCCACCGGAAAGGACACUCUCACCAGCGAUCAUUUUCCUAUGUUAAUUCGAUUUAUGUCCAAAAUUAAUCCUAAAAAGAUAUUCAAAUACAAAAUCAAACUGGAUGCACAACAAGUAAAAGAUUUUCGCCACUCAUUAUAUACUAAAUCGCCGCUAACUGACUCACAAAACCUCCCGGACAUACUCGAUAGAUAUAAAAAUCUGGUUGCCAUUAUCACUGAGACUUUAUAUUCUCUAUUCUCACCAGGCUCUAGAACCCCGGCAUUCAAAUCGGCUAAAGAAAAGAACCUUGUCGCUCCUCCCUGGUGGACGCAAGAAUGCCAAGACGCCGUCGAAAAACGCAGAGCAGCUAACAUAAAAUAUUUUAAAACCUCCAGCUCUGAGAACUGGAUAGCUUAUAAAAAAGAGGUAACUGAAUGCAGAAGAAUCUUGAGAAAAACUAAAAAGCACAAAUGGAGGGACUUUUGCAAGAGCUUCACCGGCAACACGCCAUCUACUCACCUCUGGAAGCUGGUCAAAGCCUUUAAGAAUAGACGCCUCGCUCCUCCAUUACAAUCCACCGAGGAACUACAGAAGGCCCAAUCGAUGGCAAUCAACAAACUAUGCCUCCUACCUGCAGUACUUCGAACGCUCCCCCAAUCAACGAGAUGCUUGCAGAGGACUCAAGACACCCUCAGGAGGUUGCUUCUGAUCUUGACAGGCCUAUCACUAUGA